GACAGAAAAGCAAUAAAGCGUGAAACUCAGUCUUUAUGUCAUUGUUUUAUCCAAGAAAACGGUGCCAGCUUCCUGUUCCGAUGACUACCAUAAAAUGCAAAAGUGUCGGUGAAUAUCUGGUCUUCGGGUUACACACUUUAUGAAAAGAUAUUCCUCUGAGACGGAUUCAAGGUCUGUCAGAUAAAGAGGGCCCUCGAAGGCUUCCCUUACAGGAGACAAAGACUUUUUGUUUCAUGGGGAAACAGGUGUGUGGGAGAUAUGACCUAUAUAUGACAAAACCAAAGUGUGCAUCAUUACUACUUGAGAAUGCAAUACAGCUCAUACUGACUCAAAUAGAUCUUUUUAUUUUAAUUAUUGAGAAAAAAUGUUCUCUGCAGAUGACAACAACGUGAUCAGGAUUAUGUACUUCAAUGCAGCAUAACUCUGUAGAUUUCAGCAGUGUGAAGAGCCUUUCGUCCAUGCUUUACAACAAUAAUAAUAAUAAUCUGCACAUGUACACUGUGUGGAUGCAGGUCGGCUACGCCAACCAAAAGUGAUUCUACGGCACAAAGAAAAAGACAUCAGAAUAUGCAGACCCGUUCCCUCGAUACUAUGUGAAACAGCCACGGAAACAGUUAAUGCAACAUCCCAACCGUCAAGGCCACCCUUUGCUAUCUUCCACUUGUGUGUUGGAAACAAACGGAUUUUGCUUGCAGACUUCACUCGGACUCAGAUAGCUGCCGAGCCAAACAAAUACGUGUGAGAAUAAGGAGAGUCGCAGACGAGGAUCGGUCUUCUGGAGCUAAUUGGAACUCCAUAUGCCAAGAAAGGCUCGGAGUCAGUGGAAAAAAUUGCCAUAGACUUUCGUUUUUGGACAUUUCCGUUGAUACACUUGAAGGGUCAAGUCAUGGUGUCCUGUGCUCUCUUCGUCCUGGGCCCUCUGUGGAUCCCCAUUCUGAUACAAGCCUGCAGGGGAGAGGAGCUGUCCAGAGAAGUUGUGUUGUCCUGGUUCAGAGAGCGGGUCCUGGAGGGCCUCGGGCUGGAGGAGCCUCCUCUGACCACGGCACCGGGUCCUGAUCGGGACAUUGCACAGCCAGAAGCAAGGCAGGCACCCCGGGGGCCCCCCAGCAGGACCAGCAGGACAGCGUGGGUCAACCGUCAAACCAGUCCGGCUCAGGACACAUCUCAAAUCAUUCUCUUCCCCGGCUCCGAUUCAUCCUGUGCCCCAUCGGCUCCUGGAGAGACCACCAACAACCACUUCACGUAUUACUUCCAGCCCUCCACGAACAACCUGGAGAUGCUGGUCACGUCCGCUCACUUCUGGUUCUACGCCGGCGAAGGAGCCAACUCCUCCGCGCAACUGUUCAUUCUCAACGCAGCGCAGCGGCUUCUUCGGGCGGCGGAGGCCGCGCCGACGACGAGCGCAGACGGAUGGAGCACCUACGAGCUGGACCGGAACCCGCUGGCCUCUGUGGCCCGGGGCCCCUUUCUGCUCCAGGUGCGCUGCCCGGCCUGUCAGUGCCACCGCGACGAGCCGGACAAGACGCCCUUUCUUCACCUGCGCGCUCAGCCUCGCGGUCCUGUGCGCUCGCCGCGCCACGCGCCGGGGACCUUCCCCUGGUCUCCUUCCGCCGUAGACCUGCUCCAGCGGCCCUCUCAGGAGAGACCCGAGCACAGUGACUGCAUCAGGACAAAGAUCGAGAUCAGCUUUGAGGAGCUGGGCUGGGGCAACUGGAUCGUCCAUCCAAGGCUGCUGACGUUCUACUACUGCCGCGGGAACUGCUCAGCCGGGGAUCGAACCGCCACCAUGCUGGGUAUCACACAGUGCUGCGCUCCGGUCCCCGGGACCAUGAAGUCCCUGAGGGUCACCACAACAUCUGACGGCGGGUACUCGUUCAAGUAUGAGACCUUGCCCAACAUCAUACCUGAGGAGUGUACUUGUAUCUGAACCUGAACACUUAAAGGGCCAGUAGACCCAAACAAAAGGGCUAUUGUCGUUUCGUUUUCUGCCUUCCAGUGAUAAUAUAAUCCAUA